AGUAGUAUUGGGAUAAACUUGCUGGUGUUGGGCUAAAGGAAGAUGACCAAGGACCGGAGCCGCCAACAUUUUGAACCUAAGAAACACUGCCAUUUCCAGAAACGACAAACUCAGUAGAAGGUUUUAUUGAUCGAAACGACAAUUAUAAUGGAGAGCUGACGGUGACUGGUUGAGACGCUUGUUAUUAGCUUCGUUUAGCUUUUAUAGUUUGCCGUUCCCAUAGUUAAAGCUAACAAGCUAGCAAGCGUAAGCUAUAUUACUGUAAACAAUGUUAACAUUUUGAUAUUCAAUAUAAUAUCAAACCAUUUGUGUAAUGGUAACGAUAGCUGACUGUAACUUGUUGUAUUGUUAAGCGGUAAACGCCAUCUGGAAUGUGACGCCACCGUGUUCGAUGUGGUUGCCUGACAACGGCACAAUUAAAGAGACCGCAACAUCAGUAAUUACGGAUCAUCUUGCCCUGUCCCAGUUGACAACAGGUGGAGCGAGUUGUUUCUCAACUGCAGAACAAGAGCCACGCAGCUGCCUUAGAUUCCCCCCAAGCUGCCACUGCCAGUCAUCACGCUUGCUGCCUCUCGUCUGCGCUGUAGGCAUGGCAUUUUCUGUUCCCAGCUGGACUGUGUGACUUUGCCUAAAAGAGAUGGAUGAUGAAUUUGGAAACUUCAUCAGGGAGCGAAAGGCGAGAGUGGCUGAGGAUAAAGCCAGUUUAGAACAAGAUCCUCCUUACAUGGAAAUGAAGGCAAAACCCCAGAAAGUGUAUGGCUCUACUGUUAAGGAGAACAUACCUCCCUACUCAAUAGCACAAGGGAAAGAGGAGAAUUACAGUGUCGGGCUACCACUUGGUGUGGAGUACGAGAGGAAGAAACAGAGGCUGCAGCAUGAGCUCCGUUUGGACUACAGACGCUACAUGGCUCAGAAGAAGAACUUGGACCUGGGGCAGUCUGGACCAUUAAUGCACUCCAACACCAGGAGGUCUGUCAAGAAAACCUUGCUUGGAGACCAGGCUGCUGUUCUUCCCAGUCAGGGAGCUCGCAUACACAGGGAUGCCGCCGCUCUUCUUACAGAGGACAGUUGGCGGUUGCAAAGGGCUUUGCGUCCUGCAGAGGUCCAGCACCUCUACACUGAGGAGGAUGAAGAGCAUUCUUCAAUUCCCCCAAGGCGUCUUGAAAGGCUCAGAAAGCCAGUGGAUAGGGAUUCAGAGGAGGAGGAAUACUUCAAGGAGGAGUUGGAGCUGAUCGGAGGCAGACAUACGGGGUUUGAGGACAUUUAUGAGAGGAGAUCAAAAAAGACUGAUGUCAGGGAGGAGGGGGAGUUUCCAGCAGGUGUUGCAAGAGAAGGCUGGAGAUCGAGAGCACUGAACAAGAAAGAGGACGCUGAGUUUGCCACUGGCCUUAUAAUAGGAUUAGCUGACACAAAAGAUGCCUUACAGAGAAAGAAGGAGUGCUACAGACAGCAACUGCAGGAGCAGAUAGCUGAACAACACAGGAACAAGAAGAGGGAGAAAGAUCUGGAGCUGAAAGUUGCUGCAACUGGUGCAAAUGAUCCUGAGAAACAGCCGGACCGAAUCAGACAGUUUGGGGUGAGCAGGAGGAAGGAUCAUCAGGUUUUGGAGCCAUUAGCAACAGGAGAGAACAAAACAUCAUCCGGAGGUCUGUCUUAUCGUGAAAGGACAUAUGCAAGAGACAGAGAGACGUCUCCCCCUGAGCAGCCCCAUGUGGCCUUUCAGUCCCCUCUGCUGGAUUACAGCUCUGCUCUGGGCCUGGGGGCUGGAGGUCUGUCCCCCAACAGUCAACCUGCAGCCCCCUCCUUUCCCAGAGCCAUGGACACUCCCAGACUCCCCUUGUUCGCUCCUCAUCCUCCUUCGACCGUCAGUGAAGCCUACAGGAGCCCGUACGGAGAGCCUUAUCACUACUGUGGCACCAGAAAUCAGCUUGACCCAAACAUGGCCUACUAUGGUCAUCUGCCUGUUACUGCUGCUGGCCUCCCCAUAUCCUACUGGAACGUACCACCAGGGGGAGCUGUGCCCAGCCGGUUUGGUAGCCACAGCCCUCACAGCCAGCACAGCGGAAGUAGCUUUCCAGAGCCUCCAAUACAGUCUAGCAUCGGGGCUGCUGCUGCUGCUGCUGCUGCGGACUCUCAUGUCAGGGUUCUCCAUUCAGAUAAACCCAGAUCAAUUAGGGACAGAGCUGUGAGCUACAGGGACGCUUUAAAACAACAGGACGCUUCCGGGAGAGUGAGCGGCGAGCUUUACAACAAGAUCCAGGAGCAACAGGAGCGGAGGUGUCAGGAGAGGGUGGAGACAGAACGUUACGAAGCCCAACUGGAGGUGGACAUGAAGAACCACCAGCCCUGGGGUCGGGGAGGAGGAGGAGCCCCACUCCGAGACAGCACUGGAAAUCUCAUUGCUGACUUAAACCAGAUGCACAAAUUCAACGAAGAGGCUUACAUCAACCCGGAGCAGUGGCAGAGGAGAGCGACGGCCAUAGCAGCAGCAUCCCGCCGGCCAGAGCUCCCCAACCCUAAUGAGAGGGUCUCUGGUACUGUAUCUGGGUGCAGCACCCAUGACACUAGUAACAGGAUCGGUUUCGCCAGUGUUCAAACCCCCCAGUUUGCAAGAGGCAACAUUUUUCCCAACCAGCCGAGCCAACAACAGGUCCAGGAGCAGGACAAGUACAAAGCCUACCUCAAACAGCAGAUUGAAGAGAAAAUGCGUAAAAAGGCGGAGGAGAGUGAACGGACAAGAUUAGAGGAAGAGAAAGAGGAGAGGAGGCUGGCAGAGCAGAGGGCUCGCAUCCAAAGGGAGUUUGACGAAGAACAAGAGAGGAAGAAACGGAAGGAAAUGGAGCAAAAGGCGAAGAAUGAAGAGCUGAUUCAGCUGGCUGAACUGAAGAAAAGGGAAGCGGAGAGGAAGAAGAGCGAAGAAGAAGAGAAGGAGAACGCAGAAAUGAGGAGGCAGUACGAGAGGGAGAGACAGGCUCGAGUGGAGGAGGUUUGCAGGGAGCCCUCGCCUCCAAUCCCUACUCUGCAGAGAAAACAUGGGCAACACCAGUACACCCCGAGGCCCCCCACUGCGGACAGCCUGCAUUCUACUGCCCCCCUGUCUGAGCGCUCUCUGUCUGGUCUCCAGUCCCCUCCUGUCCCUGCUUGUAGGAAUCAGCUCCGAGCUGCAGGAGAUCAGCGCCAUGUGUUCAGUGAACUGUCGGCGCUUCGUCGACAGCUCCGCAGUGAACAGAAGCGACUGGAGGAUUGUCUUCAACAGGGCGACUGGGAGGAAUUGGACUCUCCUCCACGUGACAGACUUCGGGAGCGUCCCCCUGUUGACGUCUUUGAUAUGGCCAGGCUGAGGCUCCAGGCGCCCGUCCGAAGGCCGACUUCCAGAAAUGCGGAGCCCAGAAACCUGAUGAGAAUCCAUGACUCCCUUCAGCUCAAAUACACAGACGAUGAAUCCAGGCUGGGGUUUAGUGACGUUCCUAAGCUGGAGGGCAGUGGUACAGCCAAUAGGAGGAGGCGGGACUACAGGGAUCCUUAUCAGCAGUUCAGCAGCCAGAGGUCUACGGUCCAAGGCGAUUAUUAUGAUCUGUCCCCACCACUGCAACAUGACUAUGUGAGGAGUGCAAGAGGUUCUUUGCUGGAGUCAGAGAGUGCUUUCAUUGACCCCCUAGGAGAUGCUUUUCCAGUACCACGCACACCAGAGCUAGAAAAAUCUCCUCUGUCAGCCAGGGAGAGGAGGAGGGUGGCAAGAGAGUCACAGCACCCUCAGGAUAGAGCUGCGUCCAGUCAGCCCUUUGGACAACAUGAUGACUACAGAGGCAGGAGAUGGAAACAGGAAGCCGAGACCAGCGCUGAGGGGAGGAGUCGGAACAGGACAGGUGGCCUGAGAGCUCUCAGUCGUCGUGGCAACACAGCUGAACAAUUCGAUCUGUCUGAUGACAACUCCUCCCCUCCCAGAUUUUCCCGUCAAAAACUCAACCAUCAAAGCUCAGUAGAGACUCUUGCCACGGAUCCCUGGAUGAGGCCAGGAACAUCGGACACAGAGCGGUUGAUGACAUAGCGCCAUGGGAGGGGUCUUCUUCUUCAGACAGCUCGUCUUAACACAGAGGACAGCCCUGUCUUUCAACCAUGAGAUAAUCUUACUUUUUUUUUUUCAUCUUUGACUUCUGUGAAUGUAAAUCUGGAUUCUGAGAUUUCAAAAUAUCAGGAUAUUGCCAGACCCUCAGUCUGACAUGCCACAGAGAAAACUGACACAGAAGUGUUUCUGGGCAUUUUCUGUUCAUGAAUUAUUAAAUUAUGUCACAAAUAAAUUAUAUUUUAAUUA